CGCAGCCCCGCGGGAUUCCGCUGCGGCGACCCCUCCGGAGGGGGAAAGCCGAGCUCCCGGAAGUCGUUUUGCUGGGAAUUGGCUGGUUCUUGUGCCGAGAGGAGCCUCGGAAGGAAAAAGGCGUGCACCAUGGUGACGGAGCAGGAGGUGGAGGCCAUUGGGCAGACACUGGGGGACCCCCAGCAGCCCCUGCAGGCCCGCUUCCGGGCACUCUUCACACUUAGAGGGCUUGGCGGCCCAGACGCCAUUGCCUGGAUCAGCCGGGCCUUCAGUGAUGACUCCGCCCUGCUCAAGCACGAGCUGGCCUACUGCUUGGGCCAGAUGCAGGACCGCCGGGCCAUUCCUGUGCUGGUGGAUGUGCUGCGUGACACCCGCCAGGAGCCCAUGGUGCGCCACGAGGCAGGGGAGGCUUUGGGCGCCAUCGGGGACCCAGAAGUUCUGGACAUCCUGAAGCAGUACUCCACCGACCCUGUUGUCGAGGUGGCUGAGACGUGCCAGCUGGCUGUCUGUCGGCUGGAGUGGCUGCAGCAACACGGCGGGGAGCCAGCAGCAGCGGGGCCCUACCUCUCCGUGGACCCGGCCCCUCCGGCCAAGGAGCGGGAUGUGGGGCGGCUGGACUGAGAAGCAGGUAUGUACUGGCAAAUACAAAAGAAAGGGAAAAAUCAGUCAUUGACUCCUCUGCUCCCUCCCGCAGGCCUUCACUGUGGCAGCGCCCUCUUUCGCCAUGAGAUCGGCUACGUUCUCGGCCAGCUGCAGCACGAGGCGGCUGUGCCCCAGCUGGCUGCGGCCCUGGCCCAGAGGACUAUCGAGUUAUACAUUGAUGUUUUAUACACUUUAUGUGUGCUCUGCUUCAACAUAAUUUUUUAAAAUGCUGUCUUGUAAUUACUAGCAUCUUAGAUUUGAUGAAACCACGUGUCCGACCCCGAGCGCGUGGUGCGGGAGAGCUGCGAGGUGGCCCUGGACAUGUACGAGUAUGAGAGGGGGCCGGCCUUCCAGUACGCGGAUGGGCUGGAGCAGGUGCGCACACCCUCCUCCUAGAGCCACUGCCCGCCUGGUCCGGGGCCUCUACCCUGAGGACUCAGCAUAUAAACUGAAUUUGUGUGAAUCGGAUCUUGCUUCCCUGGCUCCCUGAACCUGCUCACGUGGCCGGAUCUCAGCAGCUUUUGCAUCUUGAUUACCCCCAGGAUGAGGCUGAGGUCUCUGCUGUCCCGACUGAGGGCCUGGCACAGGCUGCAGUGUACGGGUGGGAUGUCGGCAUGGGAGCCAGGAUCUGGGGGUGGGGGUGCAGGGGUGGGGCUGUGCUCUGGGGAGGUUGUGUGGCCCAGCUUCUCCAGGAAUGAGGGGGUGCAGAGAAAGGCACUGUGGGGGAAUCUGUGCCCUGUGGGCCUGGGCAGGGUCUAGGCCUCUAACUCCGCACCUGGGGCCCUGGGUGGGCUGGGCUAGGGACUUGGGACACGUGACAAACAGGCCCCAGGCACUGCUUAAGUGGAAUAUUAAAUUAUUUUUGUCAAGCAA